AUGAAGCAGUGCCUCACAACCGAGGAAAUCACAGCCAUCCCGCCGCCAGCCGAGAUGAUAUCUUUCACCCCAGACUUUCUCCGUAACACCUUCGGUGGCGAGACGUGGUCCCCAGGACUCAUCUAUAUCCGGCCAAGCUCCAGUACAUGCAUUCUCAAAAAUCGCGCCUACUAUCUCCUCGACGCCACAUAUGAGAAGUACCUCCCCAAGGAGCCCGGCACCCACGGCGCAAAGAUGACUCCUUUCUUCAAUGUCAAUCCUGAGGAGGUGUUUAGUGAAGAAACUGAAUGUUCCUUUGAGAAUGUGCCUCUCUUUAUCUGCACUUCGUCGUGGGCCAUAGGAGACAAGCGCCGCUAUGUCUACUUCGGGAAUUAUAGUCAGACGCGAUGGUCCGACAAACUUGACUACGAUCGUAUGAAGGAUGACGUGUCUGAUUCCGUCAAGACCUACUGGGCUGAGGAACUGUCUGCUGUUGGUCGCGCUGAAUGGGUCACCAAAGCGCUGAUGAAGCACUUUUUCCCAAAGCCAGAGUACGAGGGCGCCAUGUUCCGGAUCGAGUGCACCGACGAUGGAAUGAGCGUUGAUGAGGAGAAAGAAUUGCAAAAGGUGAUGCGUGACGUCAAGGACUAUGUCAUGGAGCUAAGUGAGUGGGAAAAGGAAGCUCGUAUGAAGGUCUCAAUGAUCAAGAAGGAGUUCAUCCUCCAAGCCUUUGAGCGCGCUGAUGCUGAUGACCCGCCUGCCUUGCGUCUCUGGUGGGAGUACCUCCAGUGCACGGGGUGGGAUAGGGGAUUCUAUGAUUUGCUUGUUACUAUGCAGGCUCGCAACCCGAACUACACCUGA